GGGUUGGAUGAGCCCCAACAUAACCCAACUAGUUAUUCGUAAGUCAGUCGAUCGUGUACAGAAAGGUAAACCUGCAGUGUAUUCCGGCUUACCCAAUGCGAAACCCAGAGCGUACUCUAGAUAAUAGUUACGAAUUAGUUUGCAUACGGCAUUGCCAAUUGUAACAGCGUUGACGGCAUUUAUGCAGAUUGAUUGCACUUACGCAGAAUCGCGGACAUGGACAGCAUGCCGAUUCCAGACGAACAAGAACCACUUACUGGACGUGAAAUCACAGACCAGAACCAGGAAUCAACUUUAAGAGAGAAGCUGAAGCAACCUCGUUUUUGGCUUAUAUGGUUUAUACGGCUUGUCGUCUUCUCCAUAACCGGAUCUUUAAGCGUUCGUCUUACAAGCCUGUUCGUGCACAACGUCUUGAGAAUGGACGGGACAUUCAAGCAUGCGCCAUGGUAUCCCUAUAGAAUGGUCUUCAUCCUCUGUACGCUUCCUAUCUAUUCAGUUUUAAUUGUCACGAUUGGUACAUUGGCUGGCCAGUACCAGUACUUCUCACGUAUAGUCAGACAUAUGUGGUCCUGUUGCUUUCCAAGCUUUUGGCGUACAAGACAAAGAGCAGAUGACAAUGAGUAUGACCCAUUGGCGGGAGGUGUUUAGGUAGUAUAUAUCAAGUGCUAGAAGAUGACAAAGAGCAACUGUCAUAGCUCUUCUCGCCAAUGUAGACCGAUCUAUAUGCAUUUUCUCGCAUUUGUACUUUUGACAUCUACAGUACUAGAAAAUAAGAAUAAAACGACUGUAGGAUUUUAAAAAUGUAGGCCGCCGCUUAGAAUAUUCCCAGGUAAUAAUACC